GUUGAGUCUGUGAAGAGCAGUGGCUGCCUGUCUUUCAGCAGCUCCUGGGACUCCAGCCCGGAGCUGGAGGUGGGGAGCUGGAGGAUGACUGAAGAGGCUGCUGUGGAGGAGGAAGAAGAAAGUCAAGAAGAAGAGGAUUGCAGGCUGGAGUCCACGGAACCUCUGGUAUGGGAGGAUGGCAGUGAAGAGCUCCAGGAAGAGGCAGGGCAGUGUGAACAAGACAGUCUUCUGCAGUUCCUCUUGGAGGUGAUCCACCUCAUGGAACCCCUCUGUAUUAGUGGCACAGGCUCAGAACAGAAUCACUGGGCUUCCUAUGGCUCUGGGCAGCAAGAGGAAAAGGAAGUCCUGAGCUUCAAGGAAGAAAUGGCGGGACCACUAGUCCCAAGAGAGGAGGAAAAGCAGCUGCAGCUCCUGAUAGAAGAGGCUGGGGAACUGCUCGUCCCAGGAAGAGAGGUGGGGGAGGAGUGGGUACCACAGGUCUCAGGAGAGCUGCAUGUCCUGGGCUGGGAGACUGGAGAACCUGAGGAACUGCAGAUUCUAGGAGAGGAGACAGGAGAGCCCCAGGUCCCAGAAGGGAAGGAAGGGGAUUCAAGAGAGAAGAGGGAGCUGCAGUUUCCAGUGGAGAAUGCAGGAGAACUGGAGGAGGAAGAGAAGAACAGGAAGCUGCUUCUGAAUGAGACUUCCUCAGACAUGAGUGCAUUGGAGGGGGCGCUCCCAGGCACUGUGAAGGCUGACGUUCUGGAGCAGCCUAAAGAACAUGCUCAGGGUGAGAGCCACUUGUUGGAGGAAUACAACGAUCUCUUCCCACAUAAUGACAGCGAUAGCUGCAGUCCUUCUAGAGCGUCCCUGGUGGACUCCAGUCUCAUGAGCCGAACCUCCUCACAGUUGGUGCCUCUCAGCUGUGCUAACCCACUGCGACAUUUGCUUUUCAAAAAGACGUUGCUGUCCAUCUGGAAGAUGAUAGCCAGCCACAGGUACUGUGGCCCGUUCCUGAAGCCAGUGUCAAACAAGCAGGCUCCUGGGUAUAAGGAUGUGGUGAGAAGACCCAUGGAUUUAACCAACAUAAAGAGGCGCCUCUCCAAGGGCCAGAUCUGGACCACAGCCCAAUUCCAGCGCGACCUCAUGCUGAUGUUCCAGAAUGCAGUGAUGUAUAACAGCUCUGACCAUCACGUGCACCGCAUGGCUGUGGAGAUGCAGCAAGACGUCCUGGAGCAGCUUCAGCUUCUGGGUGAGACCCUCCUGUGCUCAGAGGAAAGGCUGAGCUGUAGGAGACAGUAGGGAGAUGGUCAGAUGAGGGGCCUGUUUUGGGGGGUAAUACCCUCCCCCAGCUGUUCCAGACCCUGUUCCGCUGCCCUGUACUAGCAGUGAUUUCUCACAGUCCAUGGGAAUGGCAGCUAUUGCGCCUUGAUGCCAGGAAGCUGGAUUAAAAAAACUAAAUGCAAUUUCUAGAUUCCUGGGGCCUCCUCUGCCCUGGAAAGGACAUCCCCUUCCUUGGCUUGGGGUGGGGCUGGGCACACACUCCCUGAGCUGGAUGCCCCCUUUCUUGGCUGGGGUGGUGGUGAUGUUCCCAAGGUUUGGGGACCUUUCCCAGGCCACUAAAGUAAGAUGCCAUCCCCAAAGAAAGGAGGUGUAUAGCCCUUGGUCACUUUUAAGAGUUCCUGUGAUGGAGUCUGUACCUCGGUCCCUAAUUCAUUGUUUAGCACAGUGGAGAAUGGGAGGGUGUAUUGAAGAUGAUGUCAAUCUGCAUAGGUGAAAGGACAAUACUGAAAUUGACUGAGGCAGAGCUGUGCAUACUGUUUGUGAAAUGCAGGCUCUGCAUAAGGUCAUUUAAGCCUUUGAAAGGUGGCUGUUAUGGCUUUUUGUUUCUGCAAUGUAAUCCCUGUAAUGAGGACAUCAGGGGAAACAGCUACAAGGCCUUUCAAAAUCUGUUUAAUCUCAGGUCACACACACUAACGUGCCUUAAUCAUAAUCAUAUGGCUAUUGCAUGAUGUCACCACAGGUCAGAGUUAAGGUUGCUAAUGGUGCAUUUCCAACCCUUAACACAGUGUAAUCUAAACUUGAAUUUCCUGGGUUUGUAAUGUUUGGUUUGGGGAUUGUUACAACACUUCUGUAAAUGUUUUUACCCUUCCAUCACUGAUAUGUAUGCUUGUUUUUAACUGCAUUUUUGGCUUGGAAUCUAGGUCAUUUUGUAAACACAGAGCAAAGCCACCCUUUUCUCUACUUUUAAUAAAUCUUGCGUGU